GUGGCCGAGCCGCUCGACCUCGUGCGGCUACUGCUGAACGAGGUCGUCUUCGUCAAGCUGCGCGGUGACCGAGAGCUCAAGGGCAAGCUCCACGCCUACGAUAGCCACUGCAACCUGGUACUGGGCGAGGUGGAGGAGACCAUUUACGCCGUGGAUGACGAUGAGGAGGACAGUGACGAGGUCAAGACAAUUAGCAGGAAAUCAGAAAUGCUGUUUGUGAGAGGU